AUGUCCAUACCUAGAUCACAAGUUCACGUGAGUGACAUAUGCGGAUUGGUGAAGGAAAACAUCGUGAGGAAACCUAGAGUUCUGCGUUGGGUAAUGAACAACUACGUAGAGUACGCAAAUCACGUACGCACAAUGACAGCUCCUAAUCGUCGUUACACAACCAAUGAUCGUCGGUUAGGAGGCCAAUGUCGCGGUCCACCCGCCCAGAAUAUCGAUCACGGCGGAGAGAUGACACAUCCGGUGAUCACGGAAACUUUGAAAAAGGGAAAUCAUCAUUCGUCUUCAGACAGUCGAAGAAAUCAGUUCAACAUGAAUUCCUUUGUGUGUGUACUACUGCUCGCAGCCGUGGUGGCAGCCGAACCACCUCAGUAUAGACUCAGGUUCCAGAGACAGCAAGUCGACUCUGGUGCAGACAGCGUGGCAAUUGCCGCACAAAAUGGUGACGCCCCUUAUGCUCCAGCUGGCUUCAGACCCGCAAAGGCGUUCAACUUGCCACCUCGCCAAGAAGCUUCUCCGCCAUCCACUUCAUACGGUGUCCCUGACGACAGCUACGGUGCUCCUCUAAAAACGUUCUCCGCUCCUCAAACAGAAUACGGUGUCCCUAGCACGCAGUAUGGAGUUCCAGAACAGAACGAAACUGAGGAAAAGGAAGAAGUUGAACAGAAGGAAGAAAUUGUUAAAGAAGAGAAGGCUGAAGCAGUAAAGGAGAACUUUGAAGAAGCUCCGAAGAAGGAUGCUGAAGUUGUGAGUGCUCAAGGAGUUUACUACGUGCUGCUGCCUGACUCCCAGCUCCAGAGAGUGCAGUUCCAGACUGAGAACGACCCAAGGAACAUGGCGUACACUGCCCGUCUUCAGUACAAAAACGAAGACCGCGCCCCGUUGUACGUGUACACAGCAGUGCCCCAAUACCCGUCCGCGGCUUACGUUCAAUUAUUCUAAUUUCUAGCCCUUUCAACAAAUGUUACCCAAACGGAUGCAAUUUAGAUUUGCCAGGAUUAUACGAGAUCCGAUACAGAGAUACGGGAAUACCGUUUUUCAAACGAAUUUAUUGUUCAGUGUCGUUACCCGAUAUUUAUACAGAAACGUUUGCAAUGCGGUAAUAACCACCAAAUAUAUUUUUAUGUAAUUUAUUCGGGAC